CAUCUUGAUGCAAGAGUUUGAUAGACUUCUCUUCCUUGCAAGUGGUGGUCGUCCUGUCUACUUUGGUGAUUUAGGUGAUCACUGUCAGACAUUGAUCGACUACUUCGAAAACCAUGGUUCGCCAAAAUGUCCUCCAGAUGCAAAUCCAGCAGAAUGGAUGCUUCAUGUCAUUGGUGCUGCUCCUGGUUCUCAUGCUAACCAAGACUACCAUCAGGUUUGGUUAGAAUCGGACGAACGUAAGGAAGUGUUGAAAGAACUUGAAUAUAUGGAGAAGGAGCUUGUGAAGUUGCCUUAUGACCCUACUGCUGAACAGGAAGAGUUUGCUACAUCUAUUCCUUACCAGUUUGUUACAGUUGUAAAGAGAACAUUUCAGAUGUACUGGAGAACACCAUCUUAUACUUGGGCAAAGCUUUUCCUAGCAUCUUCAUCUCCAUUAUUUAUUGGAUUUGUGUUUUUCAACGCAGAUCUUUCUCUUCAAGGUUUGCAGAACCAAAUGUUUGCUUUAUUCAUGAUUCUCAUGAUUUUCAAUCCAACAAUUCAGCAACAACUACCAAUGUUUGUUCGUCAAAGAGACCUUUAUGAAGUUAGGGAACGGCCUUCAAAGACUUUUUCAUGGACGGCAUUUAUGGCUGCCCAAAUUGCAGCAGAGAUUCCAUGGAGCUUCGUUCUAGGUACAAUUUCAUAUUUUGCUUUCUACUACCCCGCAGGGUUUUAUCAUAAUGCUGAACCAACUAACCAAGUUAACCAAAGAGGUGCAUAUGCCUGGCUCUAUAUGUGUUUGCUCUUUAUCUUUACCAGUACAUUUGGUAAUAUGUGUAUUGCACCAUUGGAACUUGCAGAUUCUGCUGGUAAUGUCGUAUCUCUUUCUUUCACAUUGUGCUUGACAUUCUGCGGUGUUCUUGUUGGACCUGAUCAAUUACCUGGCUUCUGGAUCUUCAUGUAUCGAGUUUCACCAUUGACGUAUUUUAUUGAUGGAUUUUUGUCCAAUGCAUUGGGGAAUGCCAAAGUGACAUGUUCACAAGAUGAGCUGAGGGUCUUAAAUCCCCCAGAAAGUAAUAUGACAUGUUCAGAAUAUCUUGGUGAAUACCUUGAAUCCGCAGGGACGGGUUACUUGACAGAUGGUUCUUCUACUUCUGACUGUGAGAUGUGUCCGAUGUCCACUACAAACGACUUCUUGAGUACCAUUAAUUGUUCGUACAGCCGCAAAUGGAGAAACCUUGGUAUCUUCUGUGCUUAUAUCGUUAUCAACGUUGUCGGUGCGGUUCUGUUUUAUUGGUUAGCAAGAGUUCCAAAGAAGAAAAAUAGGGUGAAAGAGAAAAGCCCAUUUGCAAGUUCAUCUAGUGCUGAUAGUGAAAACAAAGAUGUUGAUAGUAACCUUGAAAAGGUCACCACGCAGUGAACGAAGACCAUAUUUACUGGCAUAUGAUAGAUGUGUGUGCUUUCCUUGUAGUGCUGUUAAUAUGCGCGUAGUACUCUUGUAGCAUGUUUAAUCUCGCCUCAGAAAGACGAUAUUGUAAGUUAUAUUAGCUUCAAGUACAUUACUCAUUUAGAAGUGCAACUCAGCUGGAAAGUCAAUAUCGGGUAUGUACGAUGAUUGAAUAUCUGACAAUAGACAAUUGC